AUGCUCCAAGCGCAGAGCCAGCAACACGUUUUCUCCCACCAGCAUCAGUAUCCCCAGGCUGAUCCCUCGUGGCUUCAGCACCAACAACAGCAGCAACAGCACCAUCAGGCCCAGCCGCACCCACACCAGUCGCAGCAGCAGCACGCUUCCUUAGUCGCCCAGCAGCACGCCCAGGUGCAGGCUGCUGCCGCCGCGGCGCAGCAACAACACUAUGGCCGCCUUGCCAUGAACGGCAACGGCGCUGGUAAUCCCGCGCAGGGAGCCGGCGGCGCCGGCAGUAUGGGCGGAGAGGGUCUGUCGAAUGCGGUCUCCGUCAUGGAUGGCGGAAUCAGCGAGGAGAAUCGCAAGGUCUUCAUUUGGGUCGCCGAACUGUUGGAUCCAACUCGCAGAGAAGCCGCUUUGAUGGAACUGAGCAAGAAGCGUGAACAAGUCCCCGAACUGGCCCUGGUCAUCUGGCACUCUUUUGGUGUCAUGACUGCGCUCCUUCAGGAAAUAAUCUCGGUCUAUCCGCUUUUAAACCCUUCUCAGCUGACGGCUGCCGCUUCAAAUCGAGUCUGCAAUGCGCUGGCGCUUUUGCAAUGUGUCGCAUCCCACAAUGAGACCCGUACCCUUUUUCUGAAUGCUCACAUCCCUCUCUUCCUCUACCCCUUCCUCAACACCACCUCCAAGUCCCGCCCCUUCGAAUAUCUCCGACUAACAUCGUUGGGCGUUAUCGGCGCAUUGGUGAAGAAUGACUCAUCCGAUGUGAUCAACUUCCUCCUCACUACCGAGAUUAUCCCUCUUUGCCUUCGUAUCAUGGAGACUGGAUCGGAGCUGAGUAAGACUGUCGCAAUUUUCAUUGUACAGAAAAUCCUCCUCGACGAUGUGGGAUUGGGCUACAUCUGUGCCACAUACGAGAGAUUCUAUGCAGUGGGCACUGUUCUCAGCAACAUGGUCACCCAGCUUGUCGAGCAACAGACCGUCCGCCUACUCAAGCAUGUCGUGCGCUGUUUCCUUCGUUUGAGCGACAACAGCCGGGCCCGAGAGGCUUUGCGACAAUGUCUCCCCGAGCCUCUUCGGGAUGCCACGUUCUCUUCGGUCCUCCGCGACGACGCAGCCACCAAGCGCUGCCUGGCUCAGCUUCUCAUCAACCUGUCCGACAACAUCUCGGAGGGAGCUCCGCCAGCCAUGUAA